UCCCACCUCCCACUGUGCCGCCAGCACCCUACAAAUGGCCUCAAAACGUAACGUGGAGCCUCUGGACCCUGUGACCUUCAUCAAGCUACCUCGGCUGGAGCAGGACCCCCGCGCCAGCUUCCCUACGGGCCACUGCAAACCGGGCUCCAAGCCCCAUUUGGACUACAAGGGCUCCUACUUUGCCUGUGCGCUGCAGAGCCCCGAUGGCCCCAGGGCGCCCUAUGUGCACCAGAGCCCGGCACCUCCCCACUUGCACUAUGGCACCGGUGCCGGCAACCAGCCCGUGCCGCCGGAGGGGCCAGGGGAGCGCUGCCCCCCCAACCCAGCUGAGAGCGUGGGGCUCGGGCUGCAGCCCCCCCAUGCUGCUGACACGGGCAGGGACAGGCUGGUGCCAGAGCCACUGGGGGCCAGGGAGAAGUGGGGCAGCGCGGGGCCAGGGAACUGCUUCGUGGUGAGGCACCUGGCAAGGGUGACCAGGGCACCCGCCCUGGCUGUGCCCAGGCCCAUGUACAGGGCUCCUGUGUACUUCAUGGACCUCCGGGUGGCUCAGCCGCUGCAGCAGAGAGCAGGCAAUGCAGACUGGGCUGUGCCCGCCGCCAGCCGCCCCUUCCACCCCGGGGAGCACAGGAGAGGACCGCACGCUGACCCCAGGCUCCCAGUGCUGCACCCCGGCCUGGCACUGCCCGCCAGGGAGAAGAUGGGCUCCCCGGCUGCCUUCUCCUCCUCCUACGCUGCCUUUCACCAGUACCAGAGCCCCCCCCAGUCCCCGUUCCUGGAUGACGGCCCCCCCAGCCAGAGGAAGGUGCCUGAGACGCACAGGCUCAGCCCGGACCCCUGGCACAAGCUCUGUCCCCCCGCCACCAGCACCGUGUACCAGGAGAGGCCACCCGAGCAUUACCCAUCCCUCCAUAAAGCUCCCCUCUAUCCCCUGCGGAUGCCCCACAUGGAGGCACAGCCCUGUGCCUACAGAGCCUUUGGCUUCGAGGGAAGCAGGGAGCCCUAUCCCGGCACUUACCUCAGGCCCCAAGCCCCAUGGAGAUUCUUUCUCGCCCCGUCGGACACCUCCGUGCCCACGGCAGCCAGCGCGGUGGCAUCGUCCCCUGCCAAGCCAGCGGCGCUGCCGAGGGAUGCGAAGCCAUCGAGGCAAGAGGGAUACGUGCUGAGCUCGGGCUUUGCCUUCAGUCCGGGUGGCACGGCUGUACCCAGCACCUCCGGAGCGCACACGGAGCCGGGAUGCGAGCAGCACCAGGCAGAAGGGCCCCCUCAGCCGGUGGUGGGGAGGCACAGCAGCGCUUUCCAACCCGUCUGCACCCAGGAGGCACCGGGGGGCUCCAGUGGGAUCCCAGAGGCCUUUCCCAAAGGAGAAGGGGGCUUAGGGAAGCAGGAGCUGGCUAAAGAAGAGAGAAGAGCCAGCUCGCCCCCCCAGGAGCCCCCCCGUGAGGGACCCCUGGCUCUCAUCAUCGUAGAGGAAGGAGAUGCUUGCAAGGUCAAGGAUGCAGAUGAGGAUCUCAUCCCUCCUUCUCCCCCUGCAUCCCUGCCAGAGGGGCUGGAAGAGCCAAGGGACAGCGCGGUUCCUCCUCCCUCCCCACCCAUGCCAGUGAUCAAACGGGUCUUCAGCCUGGCAUCCUAUGGAGGCUUCCUGGAGGAGGCUGAGGGCUUGGACCUGUGGGAGGAUGAGGCACCCCCAGGCGCGGAGCCCGGUGCGGAGGGCCAGGAGCUGGUGCAGGAGCAAGGGGAGCCUGGAGAGCCGGAGCCCGUGCCCCUGGGCUGUGAGGAGGAGGCGCUGGACCUCAGGGUGAAGAAGAGAUGGGUGGAAAUCGGGGAGAACCUCUGGGUGCUGGAUGGGGAAGGGGGGAAGGAGGGGGAAAAGGAUGCGGAGAGGGAGGCGGGAUGGGGAGCGGGAAAGGGAACCCAGCCCCAGAGGGAGCCCUUCCCGCUCAGGGUCAUGUCCUGGGACAGGAGCAGAUUCCAGAGCUCGGCCUCCUCCAUGGCCCUGCGCUCCCCCUCAGCUGCACCCAGCACCAGCCCUGCUCCAUCCAGCACCGUUCCUGCUCCAUCCAGCACCAUUCCUGCUCCAUCCGGCACCGUUCCUGCUCCAUCCAGCACCAUUCCUGCUCCAUCCAGCACCAUUCCUGCUCCAUCCAGCACCAUUCCUGCUCCAUCCGGCACCGUUCCUGCUCCAUCCAGCACCAUUCCUGCUCCAUCCAGCACCGUUCCUGCUCCAUCCAGCACCAUUCCUGCUCCAUCCGGCACCGUUCCUGCUCCAUCCAGCACCAUUCCUGCUCCAUCCAGCACCAUUCCUGCUCCAUCCGGCACCGUUCCUGCUCCAUCCAGCACCGUUCCUGCUCCUCCAUCCAGAGCCAUUCCUGCUGUGUCCAGCACCAUUCCUGCUCCAUCCAGCACCAUUCCUGCUCCAUCCAGCACCGUUCCUGCUCCAUCUGGCACCAUUCCCACUCCAUCCAGCACCAUUCCCGCUCCAUGCGGCACCAUUCCUGCUCCAUCCAGCACCAUUCCUGCUCCAUCCAGCACCAUUCCCGCUCCAUCCAGCACCAUCCCCGCUCCAUCCAGCACCAUUCCCACUCUAGGCAGCACCAGUCCUGCUCUCACCAUUCCCGCUCCAUCCAGCACCAUUCCCACUCCAUCCAGCACCAUUCCCGCUCCAUCCAGCUCCAUUCCCGCUCCAUCCAGCUCCAUUCCCGCUCCAUCCGGCACCAUUCCCGCUCCAUCCAGCACCAUUCCUGCUCCAUCCAGCACCAUUCCUGCUCCAUCCAGCACCAAUUCUGCUCCAUCCAGCACCAUUCCCGCUCCAUCCAGCACCAUACCUGCUCCAUCCAGCACCAUUCCCGCUCCAUCCAGCUCCAUUCCCCCCAGCCCAGCGCCGCCUCCAGCGCCCUGCAGCAUCUCCCCCGGUGCCUCCCUGCAGCGCGGUCCCCAUCCCAGCCCCAUGGCGGUGCCGGAGCCCCCCUGCUCGGCACCGGGCGAGGACGCGGUGCCGCUGCCCUCCGCCGGCCACUGCUUCACCGCCCUGCACACGGGGCUCUGCGACCUCCUCUCGGGCUCCGUGACCCGCUCCUCCCCGCAGCGCCUGCGGGAGUGGCUGCAGAAGGCGGAGCCGGAGGAGGAGCAGGGGGAGGCGAUGCCCAGAUCCCCCCCCCUCGAUGCCAGGAACGGCUCCCGGCUCCCCGAGCAUCACAAGGCCGCCAAGGGCAAGGAGGUCUGGUUGGCUUUCCAGGACGUGCCCGCUCUCCUCGCCAGCCUGCUGGCCCAGCUGGAGGCCUUCACCUUUGCUCACACGUGCCCGUUCCCACACGUGGUGCGGGCAGGGGCCGUCUUCAUCCCCAUCCAUGUGGUGAAGGAGCAGCUCUUCCCCAAGCUCCCUGGCGUCUCCGUGGACCAAGUGCUGCAGGAGCACAAGGUGGAGCUGCGCCCCACCACGCUCUCGGAGGAGAGGCACCUGAGGGACCUGGAGCUGAAGAGCUGCACCUUGCGCAUGCUGAAGCUCCUGGCGCUCAAGCAGCUCCCCGACAUCUACCCGGACCUGCUGAACCUGCACUGGCACAACUCCAUCAAGCAGCAGCUCGGUUCGAGCUCGACGGCUGGCAAGAAUCCCUCCAAGUAG